AUCUCGGCCAUUUUGCGGUAACUUUCUACAAUGUCUUCCUGGUAAUUCAGUGUGCGGAUCAAGAGUCGAGUUGUUGGUCUUUUGAAAUCCGUAUUCCAGCUCUUCGAAAUGUCUAAUGAGGCCGGAUAGACUUUUGUAGAAUUGAUUGGACUAUGAUAAGUACAGCUCAGUCACUUUUGAGCACAGGAAAAUAACAAGCGUACAGUCCUGAUUGGUGCGCACAUCGUUCCAGUCUGAUUGAAAUUUGCUUGGCUGGAGGAGGGGGAGAAGUGGGCAUUGUGCUGUCGCCAUGUCUAACCAUGCAGAGGUAAGACUGAAGACCCUAGAGAAGCUCUAUCUGAAUGGGGUGCCGCAGAGCAAUGGGUCGACCCUCAGCUUGGAAAGUUUAUUGGAUGUACUGGUCCUUCUUCAUGACGAGUGCCAUGCCUCCACACUACGCAGGGAGAAGAGUGUCACCAACUUCAUAGAAUGGGCUAAACUACCAGUGAAGAAAGUAAAAGAUCUAAGGUUACAUAAAGAAGACUUUGAGACAUUAAAGAUUAUUGGAAGGGGAGCCUUUGGAGAGGUUGCCGUAGUCAAGUUGAAGAACACAGAUGAUGUGUUUGCCAUGAAGCUCCUCAACAAGUGGGAGAUGCUCAAGAGAGCUGAGACGGCAUGUUUUGUUGAGGAGAGAGAUGUUCUUGUUCAUGGAGAUAGCAGGUGGAUCACCAAUCUUCAUUAUGCUUUCCAAGAUGAUGAUUUCUUGUACUUGGUCAUGGAUUAUUACAGUGGUGGUGACCUUUUGACCCUCAUCAGCAAGUUCGAUGACCGGCUGCCCGAGGACAUGGCCCGCUUCUACGUGGCUGAGAUGGUGCUCGCCAUCGACUCUGUGCACAUGCUUCGGUAUGUCCACCGGGACAUCAAACCGGACAAUGUACUCCUGGAUAAGCAUGGCCACAUACGACUGGCAGACUUCGGCUCCUGCCUGCGGAUGCUCCCGGAUAAUACGGUAAUGUCAAAUGUGGCUGUAGGCACGCCAGACUAUAUAUCACCGGAAAUCCUUCGGGCAAUGGAGGAUGGCAAAGGGAGAUAUGGUCCAGAAUGUGAUUGGUGGUCAUUAGGAGUCUGUAUGUAUGAGAUGCUGUACGGUGAAACGCCCUUCUAUGCGGAAUCACUAGUAGAGACAUAUGGCAAGAUCAUGAAUCACAAAAAUCAAUUUGACUUCCCUCCUGAAGCGGAAGAUGAAGUCGCUAUUUCAGAGGAUGCCAAGGAUUUAAUAUGCAGUCUCAUUUGUUCGGCAGAAGUACGAUUAGGGCGCAACGGGCUAAAGGACUUCAAGGACCAUCCGUUCUUCAAUGGCAUUGAUUGGGAAAAUAUCAGGAAUAUGAAACCUCCUUAUGUCCCAGAUGUGAAGAGUGCCACAGACACGUCCAACUUUGAUGUUGAUGAGGCCGACCUUAGGAACUCGGAAGUCUUGCCUCCAAGCUCACAUGCUGCUUUCACUGGCAAUCAUCUACCCUUUCUAGGUUAUACCUUCACCAGAAAUAGCAAUCUCUCUGAUCUGGGUGUACUAGCGGAUGUGAAGGAGGUGAUAUCCAGUGGUAAGGAAGGUGUUGAUAGUGCCCAUGUAGAGAGCCUGGAAAGACGGAUCAACAAACUAGAGACUGAGAAAACUGAACUCACUAAUAGGUUAUCAGAAUUAAAAAGCAGUGGAGGAGGAGAGAAUGAUGAAGUUAGAAGAUUACAAGAAGAAAUCAAGUCAUUUAAAUCAAGAAUAGCAGCCUCUGAAGUAGAGAGUAAGAAUGUAAGAGACAGCUACCAAGCCAUGGCCAAAGAGAUGCAGAGUGCAGAGGACGAGAAGUCAAGUAAAAUAAAGACAUUAGAGAGAUCUGCCAAAUUAUUAAAGCAGGAAAAGGAAAAUCUGGAGAGAGAAUUAGAUGAAUUUCAUGAGAGAAAUCGCCAAAUCAAUAAAGAAUUGAAAGAAGCCAAAUCACAAGGAAAGCUUGCCAUGCAGGAAUUCACAGAAAUUAAUGAAAGGUAUGCAGACAUCAUGUCACAGAAACAGAAGCUCUCAAGAGAUCUACGGGAUAAAGAGGAGGAAAUAGAGGUCUUCUCACAGAAAGUAGACUCUCAGAGAGCUGAUAUCAGGAAACAUGAACAGGCCAGUAAAGAGCUUGAAGCUCAACAAGAAGAUCUCCAGGUGGAGAUAGCAAGAGAGAAGAAACUCAGACAGCAGAGUGAACAGAAUAUCAAGCAACUCAAAGAAGAGCUAGAAGGCCUCAAGGUAAACUCAGUGGGUCGAGCCAAGCCUGAUACAGACAAGUAUGAGAAGGAGGUUGCUCGUCUCAAGCAGGAGAUGGAGAAGAAAGAAGUCCAGUUUGCAGAGGGUGUGGCCAAGGAGAAGUCGAGGCAUACCAUGGAAGAGAAGAUCUUGAAGGAGCAGAUAAACGAGAACGAGGACAAGAUUGUUUCGAUGCGACGAGAGAUCACCACCCUCCAGGACAAACUAGAACGUCUCCAGAUCACCAACACGGAGGACCAGCAUGCCAAGAUGAAGAUGGAUGACAUGAAGAGGAAUUAUGAGAGGACCAAAGCUCUCAUUAACGAUGACAAGACCAAACUUAGCCAAGAGCUUGAUAAGACCCUUCUUGAAAAGGAGAGGUUACAACGAGAGCUGAGACUAGCAGAAGAGAAACUAGAAGAGAUGUCUAGAAACAAAGAUUCUGUGGCUCACUGGGAGGCACAGAUUGCAGAGAUCAUCCAAUGGGUUAGUGAUGAGAAAGAUGCAAGAGGAUACCUUCAAGCCUUGGCUUCUAAGAUGACUGACGAGCUUGAGACUAUCAAAGUUUCAGGCAUUGUUGGUGCUGCAAGGGAGAAGAGUUGGCAAACCAGGAGGUCACAGAGGAUGGACAGGAUGGAGCUACUCAAUCUUCAGUCCAACCUCCGCAGUGAGAUCCAAGCGAAGGAACAGAUGACUGAAGAACUCAAGAAGGUCAAGGCUGCGCAUGCUGCUGAUGAGAGUAAAUUGAGGAGUGCGGAAGCCAGGAAUACAGAACUUACGGAUGAGGUCUCCAAACUCAACAAUCGUGUAACUGAGUUGGAGCAACAGCUGCAAGAGUCUAAGCAAAAUGCUGCAGAGAAGGUUGGAUCAAAUCUAAGCUUCGCUUUCUUAGAUCGGUACCUGGAUGUGGAUACAAGGCUGGACUUUUCUGACAUGGAAGAACCAGUCAAGGACACAGGUGCUUCAUUUGAACCUGUGCCCACUGAUGAUAAGAGUGUCCACUCAUCGGGUACAUCAUCAGGAGAGACGCCACCCCCCACACCAAAGCACAAGACGCACAAAUUUGUGAUAACCAACUUCCCCUCACCGGCCAAGUGUGCUCACUGUACAUCAUUGAUGCUAGGUCAGAGUAGGCAAGGCAUGAUGUGUGAAGUUUGUCAUUUUGCUUGUCAUGUGGCCUGUGCUGAGAAAGCUCCUAGUGUUUGUCCAAUCUCACAACAACAAAUGGCGAAACCUCAAGGUAUAGACCCGACACGAGGCAUCGGUACUGCGUACGAAGGCGUACUCAAGAUCCCCAAGCCUGGCGGUGUAAGGAAAGGCUGGAUGAGGCAGUUUGUAGUGGUGUGUGACUUUAAGCUCUUCCUCUUCGACGUCUUAGAUGGGAGGGCGUCGCAACCAACCAACGAUAUCUCACAUAUCUUAGACAUGAGGGAUGAAGAGUUUUCUGUUAGUUCUGUUCUAGCUGCCGAUGUUAUCCAUGCACCUUCAAAAGAUGUACCAUGUAUAUUCAAGGUAUCGGUAUCCCAGCUGAAUCCUCCCGGUCUGUGUGCUCAGCUCCUGCUCUUAGCCGACAGCGAGGCCGAGAAAAGGAAAUGGGUGGAUGCACUCAACAACCUUCAACGUCAUCUCAAACACAAUCAGCUGCCAGACAGGACAGUCUUCAGGGCCCAGGAGGUCUUCGAUAGCAGUAUGCCGCUUGUCAAGGUCACGCACUGUGCAGAUAUUGUCGAUGCUAGUAGGUUUGUGAUUGGAACAGAGGAUGGUCUGUACACAGUAGAGAUCUCGUCUGGUUUCAUCGUGCGGGUAGACCGCAAGCAAAUCCAUCAAGUACGGGUACUCAAAGAUGAACAGCUAGUCAUAGUCAUAUCAGGCAGGGGACGUCAUUUACGUCUGUUCCCCAUCGCCUGCCUGGAUGGUGAGGCUAAUGUAAUCAAGGUUGAAGAGCCCAGGGGUUGCACCAUGUUCACGACCGGUAUCAUCCGCCAGGGCUCCACCACGUGCAUGUGCGUCGCCAUGAAGCGCACGGUCCUAAUCUACGAAUUUAACCGAAACAAGGGAAGGCAUAAGCGCAUCAAGGAGGUGACCCUGCCGGCUCCGGCCCAGUGCAUGGAGGUGUUUGGGGGACGGCUCUGCGCAGGCUAUACCUCCGGUUUCGGACUGUUCAGCAUACAGAUGGCGGGCCAGCAUGUAGAACCUCUUUUGAACAUUGAUGACCCGUCAUUGAGGUUCUUAACUGAGAUCCCUACCGAAGCAUUAGCAGCUGUAGAGAUCAGCAACAGAGAGUAUCUACUCUGCUUCUCAACUCUUGGUGUAUAUGUCGACUUCCAGGGUAGACGGACAAGGGAGCAGGAGCUUAUGUGGCCUUCUCAUCCAACUGAAAUUGCCUUCAACAGUCCGUACCUGAUUGUAUAUAGUGACAUCUCUGUAGAUAUAUAUGAUAUCAAGAUCAUGGAAUGGGUUCAGACGAUACCUAUCAAAGGAACCAGACAACUCUCUUGGGAUGGCAGCUUGAACCUUAGCUUCGUCACAGAUCUUCAUGCACCACGUCUUGUGUACUUCCACAACCGACUGGCUGUAUCAGAUCAUGAGAAGUUAAAUAUCCCAACGGUAGUCAAGUCUAGCAAGCAGCAAGCCAACAGGAGAAAAUUCUCCUUCAAGUCCAAAGAUGAAAUUAGGAAAUCAACAAAGUUUCAACCCAGGAAUGUAAUUAUCUCAGCACCUAGUAACUUCAGUCAUAUCACCCAUAUGGGACCAGGAGACAGCCUGUCAAAGCUACAAGAUAUUCCUGGAACUGAGAGCAGGCCUGCACGCAUCAAGAGCAUGGUCGGUCAGCCGCUGCCUGUCCAGCGCGGAAUAUCCAAACAGAGGCCCAACACGGUCAUCAACCUCAGCAAGGACUACGAUCAGAACGGCCAACUGAGCAUAGCGCCAUCGGGGGCAGCCAACUUUGAGAUAAGUCUGACGUCACGGGACGGUUCCCAGGGAUCGCAGGAUUCACCGGAUCUCUCGGGACACUCCCCGAGGCAUUCCUUGGGAGAGGAAGCUUACACAUCUGUCUCUAAUAAACUUGGCUAUGCAACAAACCCAACCCUCAAAACAGUGGUCCAAAGAUAGCUUCUAGUUCUGGGACGCCACCCACCCCUCAUCGAACCAGCUACGCAGAGCAAGACCAAUCAUGAGGGCUGCCGAUGAAGAACACCGGAGACUUAACACCAGACACUCCCGCUUUCUCUUAGUUCAUCAUUCAGCGAUUUCAAGUUCGGUGUUGACAUCUAGACCAAUGCAGUGUCAUUUGUAGUAGACUGUGUUUGACACCACCCUUGUCACUGGUGUUGAAAAAAGCAAUAGUGGAGGUGUGUAGUGCUUAGCACCAUGGAUAUUAAGAUCUUCAGUAGCUACGUGUAUGAUGUGGGGUUGGCACUCGACACCAUAGCUAAGCACUACUCACUUUACUGGUGUUAAACAAAAGGGGAGGCAUUUAGUGCUUAGCACCUUGGAUGUGAAGAUCAUCAGUAGCUGCAGUGCUGAGUUAGCUCUUGACACCAUAGCUGAACACUAAGACUUCAAAUUGCCAGCUGAACUGUGCAGAACAGCUACCUGAACACUGAAAGCAUUACUACACUCCCAAGAAAUCCCUCUGAUGCAAUUGUAGUGCCGGAUUUUAGGUGUGUUACUGGUGUACUUAGCUGAAACUUAACACCAGACUUUCUAAUAUUAAUUAGUUCAGGAAUACCUGUUAAGAAUUCUAAAUAUUUUGUUUUAAUGUAAUUAUAACUGAUUGAAGAUGUAGCUUCAAAAGCAAAUGUAAGAAAUAUAACUGAGUUUGGAUUUUUUUGGCUUGCUGUAAAGAACAAGGCCUAAUGGUCCAGUAUGGGAGUCGAGUUAGUCCACAUUUUGAUCACCAUCGUCAUUGAUGUCAUUGUCAUCAUCAUCAUAACAUCCACAUUAACAACAUCCACAUUAUCAUUAUUUUUAUUGUCAGAGUCAUGGUCAUCAUCUUCAUCAUCCCCCUCAUCCUCAGUCAUCAUGAUUAUUGUCAACCCUGUCUCAUCGUCGUGAUCAUCAACUUGCUCGUUACCAUCACUUACCAAUCAUGUCCUUGUCAAUUUUGUAUCAAAUACUACUAUAUUAACACCUUUAUUUAUUUCACAAAUAUUUUCAUUUUCCGAAAUUAUCGUUGUACUCUGUAAGGCCAGCAUUGUUGGGUUAGAAACUAUUGGUUAUUAACAUUAAUGAUAAGGGUAUCACAACAUGUGAUAAAAGAAACAUAAUUACACUUUACUGUUCUUUACUGCCAUUUGGUGCAUAUUUUUGUUUUCUUUUGAUUGGUUUUCAUACUACACAGAACUAUGUAUUAUUUUAUUUAAAAAAUGAAAAAUGACAUUUAAUCCCAUUCGGUCUUUUUCUGAUCCUGAGUCAUUUGAAAUUGCACUUCCAUGUACAAUUUUCAAAUUCAGUAUGCAUUUCAUUUGAUUUUUCUGUACUUGGUAAGUGGGGAAACUAGUGCCAAUCUUGAUUAAUGACCUAAUUGUCACAUAAAUCUUUGACUCAUCUUGACUCGAAGAAGCAAAAUAAAACUGUGAUUCUUUGAAUUUUUCUCCUCUACUCCCCCCCCCUCCCAAAUGUAUUUACUAGGUGUACUUUGGGGUGAAAAAUCCAAUGCGUGAGCCAGAAAACAUUUUAUAUGAUAAGAAAAGGGUAUUCUAUUGUCUUUUUAUAAUGUGAAAGUAACAUGGACAAACAUUCAUUGAAAUUUGUUUAAGACAGAAGUUGGUCACAAUCAUAAUGUCUAGAAUGAAUGAUUGAUUGAUUGAUACUUAUCACUUUCAUAUACUGUAGAACCAUAGGCAGAAAUACAAUGUAAGCAGUAUGCCAUAUUUUUACGGAAGUAUUUUCAAAGGAAGUGGUAGUGCUGGAAGCUACUUAAACUAGAUUGAAAAUGAUGAUAGAUUUGUCUGGCCCUUUUGUCAAGUAAUGUAAAUCACUAUGCCAAAUCAUGUGAUUUAUCCAGUUGUACUUAGAACGACCAACAUAUAUUUAUUAGAGUGAGUGUGCCAAUACACAUGAAUAAGGGAAAUCAUUGUUUCGUAGCCGUAGGUCCUGUAGAAGCUCUCUUGAAUACAAAUAUUUUUUUCAUGAAAAGCCAACUGAGGGAGGGUUGUAAGUACAGCAUGAUCACAUGACCCUCUGAUUGAUUGUCGAGAGUCAGAUCCACUAGACCAUGACACACGUGUAAUGAUUACACUAAGGUCACCAACAUUUUCCCUUUGAUUUUUUCUCCUUUUUUGUAACAUCGCAUUAAUAUUUGCCUUAUGCCUCUGUCAAAUCAUAUCAUCAUUAUGUAGUCUAAUUCUUGCAUUAUUUUCAGGCCUAUGCUUUGUAUGAGCGGAUACACCCUUCUUUGAAAUGUAAAAAACACCUCAAAUUCAGACUAUUUUGAGGU